AUGGGAAUCAAUGGUGUUGAUGACCCGAAUGCCUGGUGGAGAUCUCCUGAGAACUUCGAUUCCCCACUUGUACUGUUCAUAGAUUGGGACCAGGAGAACUGCAUAUUCGGCCAAAGAGACUUAUACCUCAGGCGCAUCGAGGAACACACCAACACCUUUAUUCAACUGGAGCAGUGGUUUACAGCCUCUGGCCAGACUCGAGUCACUGUGGUUGGGCCACCCCGAGUCAAGCAGUGGUUGGAGGAUAUGUUUCGGGGCAUGAGCAGCGAGAACCUUUACCUCCAUCUGCUAGGCCUUAGUAUGUUGCGGCAUGUCCAGGAACGGCCCCUGACCAGUGCUGACUUGGAGGACUAUUUCAGCACGCAGUCGUAACUGGGAUCUGUCACAACUUAACAGGACGACAGGGACCACCUCAGACUGAUCUCGCCUGGAAGAGCAGGAUAUGGAAACUUUCUUUCAACAGCGUUUGAGAAAAGCAUGG